UUGAGAGGAGGGGCGGGGUUUGUUCCGCGCGCACCGCUCGGGGCCGCGCCGAGGCCAGGACGCGCGCGCUCUGCCGCUCGUUCUUUGUCCUCCAUUGCAGCUGGUGAUCGCAGCUCCGCCGCACAGCGCAGGCCCGAAGUAGCGCAGCCGCUCUGAGUGUGUUUGAGAGAAACCGUAUCGGGUGAUGGAAGACCACACGGUGCAUCAGACGGAGCACAUGACCACUAUCGAGGCCCACGCCGUCACUCAGCAGGUCGGGCAGGUGCACGUGGCCACGUACACAGAGCAUGGCAUGCUGAGCGCUGAUGAGGAUUCGCCGUCCUCGCCUGAUGAUGAUGCUUAUGAUGACUCUGAUAUACUUAACUCAACUGGAACAGAUGAGGUCACUGCACAUCUGGCUGCUGCAGGGCCUGUUGGCAUGGCAGCAGCUGCAGCUGUGGCAACAGGGAAGAAGCGGAAACGACCGCACAUCUUUGAAUCGAACCCUUCAAUCCGUAAAAGACAACAGACUCGUUUACUUAGGAAGCUGAGAGCAACUCUAGACGAGUACACAACACGAGUUGGCCAGCAGGCUAUUGUGUUGUGCAUCUCUCCCUCUAAACCGAACCCUGUGUUUAGAGUAUUUGGAGCGGCACCAUUAGAGAAUGUGGUGAGAAAAUACAAGAGCAUGAUUCUGGAGGAUUUGGAAAACGCUCUGGCUGAACACGCGCCCCCUGGUGGUGGAGAACUCAGCUCUGAACUGCCUCCUCUGACUAUUGACGGCAUACCAGUGUCUGUGGACAAGAUGACACAGGCCCAACUCCGAGCGUUCAUUCCAGAAAUGCUAAAGUAUUCCACAGGCCGUGGGAAGCCUGGCUGGGGGAAAGAGAGCUGCAAGCCCAUCUGGUGGCCGGAGGACAUUCCCUGGGCCAACGUACGCAGUGAUGUCCGAACAGAGGAGCAGAAACAGAGGGUGUCAUGGACGCAAGCCCUGAGGACUAUCGUUAAAAACUGCUAUAAGCAGCAUGGGAGAGAGGACCUGCUCUACGCCUUUGAGGACCAGAUCACCACACAAGUUGCCACAACAACCACUCACAGCAUUGCACACCUGGUGCCGUCACAGACCGUAGUGCAGACGAUCAGUAAUCCUGAUGGAACGGUCUCGCUCAUACAGGUUGGAACUGGAGCCACGGUAGCAACACUGGCAGAUGCGUCAGAAUUGCCAGGCACGGUGACGGUGGCCCAGGUGAAUUACUCCACAGUGACGGACGGAGAGGUGGAACAGAAUUGGGCCACACUACAGGGAGGCGAGAUGACCAUCCAGACCACGCAACCGUCGGAAGCCACGCAGGCUGUGGCCUCCUUAGCCGAAGCUGCGGUAGCUGCCUCGCACGAGAUGCAGCCAGGGACAACUGUUACUAUGGCACUCAACAGUGAAGCAGCAGCUCACGCAGUGGCGACGUUAGCAGAAGCGACUCUUCAGGGAGGAGGACAAAUUGUGUUAGCAGGAGAAACAGCGGCUGCAGUAGGAGCUUUAACUGGCGUUUCGGAUGGCAGUGGUCUCGUCCAGAUUCCAGUCAGCAUGUAUCAGACUGUCGUCACCAGUUUGGCCCAGGGAAAUCGACCCGUUCAGGUGGCCAUGGCUCCCAUAACCACGCGCAUCGACAACACGGUGACGCUUGACGGACAGGCGGUGGAAGUGGUGACCCUAGAACAGUGACAUACUCUACCCCUGCAGGUGUGUGGGACAGGACGUUUGGCGCCGAUGUGAAUAGCUGCUGGAAUAUAGUGUAAAAAUAAGAUUUGAAGCUGUUCACAUAUGUCUGCAGGGGGCUGAUUAGUUCUUUUGUUUUUCUGUUUUACAUUGUACAUAGUUCAUUGUCUUUUUUUUUUCCUUUCCUAGUGUUGUUACAUUUGUUAUUGUUUUGUUUUUUUAGCUGAUGUUUGAUAAAUGUAUUGCAGAGGAUACUUAGAAAUUACAGUGCAAGAAAACAAAAUCAGGUUUUCAGCCUUCAAUAACUGGUAUAAUUUAAAUUCUUUCCAUACAAGCUUUGUGUUGGUCAUUCUUGAUAUUUCCUCAGUUUUCAUCUAGGUUUUGUGUGUGCGCGUGUGUAUAUAUAUAUAUAUGUAUAUAUAUG